AUGAAUGCAACAACCACCACAACAGCGAGCAAACAAUUUUCCUCACUCAUGACAUCAUCAUGCACAAAAUUUCUAAGUCAUCUUUUCACAAAACAUCAAAUAGCAUGUGAAGCUAAAGGAUAUCACAAUUCAAAAGUAAUUAAUAGUACAUUCUCUCCGUAUCCCUUGAUUGGACUUGAUUUAGGAACAAAGUAUAUGGGAGUAGCUCUGACAGUGAAACAAAAAUAUCAAAACUCAAAUAAUUUACAUUUAAUUGCUCAAAAUCUCAUGAAAAAUCAAAUUUCAAAUUCUAGUUCAAUUCCAAAAUAUAGAAUAGUUUCAAAGCCAAUGAUGUCUGUGGAUAUUUUUGAUCGUCAUGAAGUCAACAUGAGUAAAAAACUUGUGAACUCGAUCAAUAUUGAGAAUGCAAGAAAAGCUUUGGAAGCACUUUGUUCGAGACAUGGGGUUAAAGGAGUUGUGGCUGGUUAUCAGAAAAAUUUUGAAUUUUCAGACCAAUUACUAAACAUUUUAAGAGCAAUAUUUAUGCAAAGUGAGUUGCUGUCAUCACUUCCAAUUUUACUACAAAAUGAAUCAAGGUCAUCUUUGGAAUCAUAUAUGCACGUCAUGGAUAAAAAAUCAAAUGGAGUCGGAGGCAUGGAAGUUAUUGACGCGUUUAAAAAUUAUAAACAGGAUCUAUCCUCCAUGAAUAAGCAAGAAAAGCAGGAUUUGAAUUCACAAAGCGCUGCCAUAAUUUUAGAUCGAGCCAUUAGGUCAAUCAAUACUCAGCUUUCUCAACAUGGAAUGACCAAUUAUUAA